UUUCAGAUGACUCUCUGUCAUGUAACAUGUUUGUAACUCCAUGACUCUGACUGGACACUUCCUCUUUGACACUUCCUGAUCCUCAGAGUCAAACAGAAGAUGAAGUCUGUUCAUCUCACAGCUCUCACACCUGUCAGGGACGUCCUUGACUCCUGCAGACAGUCAUUGGUCAGACUUGUUCAUUACCUAUGGACAGUAUACAGCUCCCCCGCUCCCUCUGGCUCGGACCUCCUCACUCUGCUCUCCCUCUGCUUAACAUUAUCCAUCACCACUGGAUCUCUGCUUUACAAUUGGCUCUCCAGUACCCUAAAAUACUCCCACGAUGCAUCUGUCCAGACCUCGUGCAUCUACAGCGCUGUCAUGUUUGUAGUUUACGUCCUAUUCCAUCCUCUACGCUGCAUUUUAACCAUGACCCUACCGACUGUAUGCACCAAAGAAGGACGCAAGCUACUGAUUUCAGCCUCUUUUCUCCUCUUAGUAGUCAAUGUAGUGCCUAACAUUAGCGCAAAUAUUGGGGCUGUAGUGUUUAUUCUUAAAUGCACUGCAGAGGGCUUCACACGCACUCUUCUUAACUCAUCUGAACCACUGAACAAAGCUAAGCACGAUUUGGUGGAAGAAACCAUCAAAGUUAAAAAAGAAGAUUUGAAUAUUGUUACAAAUUUGAGAAAUUUUAAUCACUACACCCAUAUUGAUGUUUCUGAAGUUAAAAGUAGGUUUGCAAAGAUGAUUGGGCAAAUACAUAUAAACUUUGCCUACAUUAGGGACACACUAAAAGACUGCAAACUGCUUUCAAAUCGGAUUCUUGCUGCCAUUUUUGUAGCUUUACUCAUCUACGAAUCGGCACGCUACCUCAAAUCCUACCUAACAUCAGUUCAAUUUGACAACCCUUACACAAAACCAAAGAAAUCUGAAAAUAAAGCUCUCAGCACACUGAAAAGGUGCAGACUCUCCGGUCAGGAAUGCACCUCAUGUUUGAUAACUGUAAUAGUGGUGACAUUAUAUUUUGUUGCCAUAGCUACGAUAGUGGGUUUGGACUAUAUAGUGUUUCAUAUAGUGGAGGUGAUGGUGCCCUGGCUGCAGGACUUUCCAACAACAUCUGCAAGUAUCAAUGUGGAUUUUAAGGUGAAGUGGUUUCCCCCUGCCUUCUGCAUCAUCCCUAGCUCGUGCGUCACCCACGAACUCACGAGCUUCCACCGCGAUUACAAAUGGACCUUUACGCCGGGACCGUCCCUCUGUGAUGUCACCACGUCUCGUCCAAACGCAGGUGUCACGCUGUUGCUCGCGGUUCUGUGGCUUUUCAGCUAUUUUCUAGUUUUUAUGGAAAUUUACGCCGGACGCAUGCAACGUAGAAUCUGUGCGUCUUUCUUCGAAGAGCAGGAGGAGAGGCGAAAGGCUUACAGAGCGCAGAAAGUUGAAAAAGCGGAGAUGGACGCGAGCCUACGUGUGGUUAGCGUGUGAUUUUUCCGUGCAGUCUGAUACAGUUGAUACAUUGUGCAACGCUUUUUUUUUUUUGUUUUGUUUUUUUUGUUUUGUUAACGUGGGCUACAACACCUUGCGCAUCCUGUGUGAUUGAUCAUGUUCUGCAAGCACUUCCUCCGUACUCUCCAAGUCGCAACUAAACUCUGCGGUUUUGACACAAGCCUCAUUUGUCACUGUAAUUUUUCAAACUAUAUUCUUGUAUUUUUCUGUGCCUUAAUUCCUCUGUAUUCUGUGCGUCACUUUUCGUUUUCGCCACUAGAUGUCACUGUAGAUACACCACAGCAUUACAACAACGCAACCAUUUUAGUCCAGAUUACAUAUAGGUAGGUCCAGUAGGUAAAAAGUUUAAUUAAGAGUACUGUUUAAACUGCAUAUUUAGAGGUGGGGAAAUAUAUACUUUAAAGAGCCCAUAUUCAGGGGUGGAAGGUAACAAAGUACAAAAGUAAAAGUACAGCACUUAAGUAAAAUUUUUAGGUAUCUGUAGUUUUCUUUACAUGAGUAUAUUUUACAAUGGGUACUUUUUUAUUUUACUUCACUACAUUUGAGAGCAUAUAUUUGUACUUUCUACUCCACUUCAUUUUAGAUCUGAAAAGUAAAAGUAUUUUUCUUUGUGAUUUGAGACCUGCUGAAAACCAAACCAAAUGCACAAAAACACAAAAAUUGCCAGAAAAAUUAAGAAAUCAAUUGAAUCACUUAUAAAAGCAAAAUUCUUUAUCAAGAAUAAGUCAAUCUCAUGGUUUAAUAGUUCUAAAAUUCUUCUAAAAAACUUUUACUUUUUUGGUGUGAUACUUUUACUUGAGUAAUCUUUUGCCCUUGUAUCUGCACUUUUACUUAAGCAACAAACUUAAACAUUUUAUCCACCACAGCCCAUAUUACACAUAUUUUCUGAUCUAUGUUCAUCAGUGUUGUCUCCUCAUCACAAAGAUACCUGGAGUUGUGAUUUGUUUCAUUCAGCAGGCAUUUCAAAGCAGACAAGGCCAAAGUUACUCAUAUAGCUCAAAUGAGAAUAAAUAUUACAAAUACUCACCCUACUUUAUUUACAAUCACGAAAUGUUCCAUAAAGAUUAAAUUAGAAAAUCUUUAUUCCUCAUUUGACUGUCUAUUUUUAACUUGUCUGUAAAAAACUCUUCUCUUUAGUCAGUCUUGUGUUUAUUCCCACACAGCUUGGGUUUAUUUUAAGACUGAAUAAUAAUAGAACACCUCUGUCAUCUAUUUUUGAUGCUUUUGUCGUCCGCCUCAUGAUUGUCCUGGAGUCUGACAAGUCGCUCAGUGAUGGUGGUCCUGUCACAGUCAAAUGCAUUAUUCAUAAAGUCUGUGCUGUAUAUCAGUUCACUUACAAGUGGGAUUGGGGUGGAUUGGAGCUGUGUUAUGUAUUAUUCUAUUUAAAGCUACCAUCUGUAAUUAAAUUGGCCAUCAUGGCUCUGUUGUAUUCUCACAUAGCACCACCAGAUACUAGUAUCUACAUUACUGAUGUCUGAUUAUUUAUUUAUUUAUUGGUGAAAAAGUUUCACAUCUGCUGUCUACUGGUUAAAAAAAAAAAUGGAUGGUAACUUUAGCAUGAUGACUGAAAGUUGUGACAAUAAAACAUAUUUAUUUUAGUACAAACUGUUCUAUUGUUUAUAUAUUUUAAAAUGCUUAACUGAGAAAUAUCCUAUUCAAAAAGUCAAAAAUGCCUUUUUAUUCUGUAUUCAUUUGUAUCCCUACACUAUAAAGCAGUGCAAUCUCUUAAA